AUGUGGUGCCUGGAGCGGCUCCGCUUGGGUCCCGAGCGCCUCCUUCGGGGCGGGAACCGACGUCUCCAAGGUCGGAAUAGCCGAACCACUGCCUUCAUGCCCGCCACGUGCGCAAACGUGCUCACCCCAGACCGCAUCCCUGAGUUCUGCAUCCCCCCGCGAUUCGCACCCUGCCCCACCCUGGCUGCAAUCCGGGACUCAUGGGUCAAAAAAGCAGGAACUGAAGACCGCUCGGAGCGCACGGACUGGGACCCACGCUCGCAGGCCGCGCUCUCGCUGCCCCACUUGCCCCGCGCGCGCACCGCCUACGGCUUCUGCGCGCUGCUCGAGAGCCCGCACACCCGCCGAAAGGAGUCGCUCUUUCUCGGGGACCCCGGAGCCGCCACGCUCCUGCUGCCGCCCGCCGCCCGGUCCGCGCCCCGCGCUCGAGCCCACACCUACAGCGGCCGCAGAGGAGGAGACGCGCCACUCGGGGUCCCUGGCGGAGCCCCUUUCCCCGCAAUCCCCGGAGACACCCUCCCGCCCCGGAACUCGCUCUCCCUGCGGCCCCGCGGCCACCGCCUCCUGCGCGGCCCCGAAGGGCUGCUGAGCCGCGCGCUAAGGGCCCGGAGGAGCCGUGGCCUGGCCCGCGCCCGCUCUGUGUCCAGCGGGGACGAGGGCGAGCAACGCAGAGCCAACUCGGGGUUCCCGGCCCUGACCCUCUCCACGUCCCCUCCGUCGUCCCCCGGCCCGCGGCCUGAGCUCCUGGAAGCCGAGGGCACCGUGACUCUGGGUCGCGCCGGCGGCGCCCUGCGCCUGGCGGCAGAGUACAGCCCGGCCAGCGGGCGCCUCCGCAUCCGGCUGCUCCGCCCCGAGGGCCCGGCCGGAGGAGCCGCCGAGCCCCGCGCCGUCGGCUGCCGCGUCAGCCUGGUCCUGCAGCCUCCGGGCAAGACGCGCCAGCAGCGCAGCGCCGUGCUCCGGCGGAGCCGCAAGGCCGCCUUCGACCAGGACUUCUGCUUCGACGGGCUCUCGGAGGACGAGGUGCGCCGCCUGGCCGUGCGCGUCAAGGCCGAGAACAAGGGCCUUGGCUGGGAGCGGGGCCGCCUGCUGGGCCAGGGAGAGCUGCUGCUGGGCUCCCUCCUGCUGCUCUGA